ACAAGAAAGAAGGAAAGAGAAGAGAUUGCUCUUUGUUGUUCGCCUCCGCUCGCCGCGCCUGCAGAUCCCCCUCUCGCCUCCUCUCCUCUCCUCCCCAAACCCUAGCGAGCGACCAACUCCUGGGUGGGGGGAUUUUUCUCCAUGGCGCUGCAGUUCGUCGAGUCGCAGCGCGAGGCGCGGCCGGAGCUCGCCGACCCGUACGCCGACCUCGCCGACCUCUACCAGCGGAAGCUCUGGCACCAGCUCACCCUCAAGCUCGACCACUUCCUCCAGCUCCCUGCCGCGCAGACGGGUGACACCCUCAUACAGCUCUACAACAAUUUCAUCACUGAUUUCGAGACGAAGAUCAAUCUUCUCAAACUUGCGCAUUUCGCGGUCAUCGCUUCGCGCCAGUACCCCGACAAGGAUGCUGCUAUAAGUUUCCUCGAGGGGGUAAUCACAAAAUUGCGCGAGACAAAGGACCUGCGCAUCAAUGAACCCAUUCUCUACGUCAAGAUGCAAAUCGCUGCGAUUAACCUGGAGAAGGGAAAUCAGAAGGAGUGCAAGAAACUUUUGGACGAAGGAAAAUCUACUCUAGAUAGCAUGACUGAUGUUGAUCCCACAGUUCAUGCUAGCCUCUACUGGAUAUCAUCUCAGUACCAUAAGGCUCGCCAAGAAUUUGCUGAGUUCUACAAGAAUGCCCUUCUGUAUCUGGCUUACACUACUGUAGAGUCACUCUCUGAGUCUUUCAAACUGGAUUUGGCAUUUGAUCUCUCCCUUGCAGCCUUGCUUGGUGAUAACAUCUACAACUUUGGGGAAUUGUUAGCUCACCCGAUUAUCAACAGUCUUAUUGGAACCAAGGUGGAGUGGGUCUAUCAUAUGUUACAAGCAUUCAACACCGGCAACCUAGCUCUCUACCAAGAACUAUGUAGGGUCCACAAUGCUGCUCUCAGUGCUCAGCCAGCUUUGGUGCAGAAUGAACGGAAACUGCUAGAGAAGAUCAACAUUCUAUGUCUGAUGGAGAUAAUCUUUAGCCGGGCGUCAGAAGACAGAACUAUCCCAUUAAGUGUUAUAGCCGAGCGCACUAAGCUUUCUAUCAGUGAUGUGGAAUAUCUUCUUAUGAAGAGCCUCUCGGUUCAUCUUAUAGAGGGGAUAAUUGAUGAGGUGGACAGCACAGUUCACGUGUCAUGGGUCCAGCCUAGAGUACUUGGAAUUCCACAGGUGAAGGCGUUGCGCGAGCGGUUGGACGCCUGGGUUGGAAAAGUGCAUACCACCCUGUUGUCCGUUGAGGCAGAGACGCCUGAUCUUGUAGCUGCAUAACUUAUCCAACCUUCCUUUUGCUAUAUGGCCUUGGUCACCAAGGGUGCGGUGCGAAAAGAGAGAUGAUCUGGCUGUGGUGGCUGUAGUUUUCUGGGUGAUGAAAACAUGUUGCCUUGAACGUUUCCCUGGCACCCUAUUGAUCAGGACCUGUAAUUUCAUUUCUCUUUAAAUCCUCUGGACGUUGAGGCCUGGAGCUUGAUGCAUUGAUCACGGAAAAAGCACAAGCGGAUCAAAAGUUUCAUACCAGUAGGGUGUCAUUGUAGUUCUUUUCCCAGUGUGAUUUAGAUUGUUACUCAGCGGGUAUUUUCAUAUUCUUUUCCUCAUAUAUGCUGGACAUGGAUGGAGGAAAAUCUUACUGAUUUUCGUUAUGUUGAAAAGGUUAUGUUCCCCUGAACACAAGCAAA